CAUACGUUAACAGGUCUACAUGGAUAACUGAAAGAGAAAUAAAUUAUACAAAGCACGCACAUGCUCAGCAUAACACAAAUGCAGUAUUGAAAGUGAAAAUACCCACAAAGGCUGAUAAGUUUUCAAGGGAAAAGAAUGUUUCACUUUCGCAAUUAGCUCUUUAUAAAGUGAUCUUGUAUGGGGAGGCAACAACAGCAAGUUUUACAAGAAACUGCAGCCCACAAGAUAAAAUAAUGUCUAGUAGAGAAAAUGUACCAAGAGCAGGCACAGAUGACUACAGAACACGGCUACUGAAGAACUGCGUACGAAGCUAUAAGAGGAAAAUAAAGAUGAUGGAAUAUUCACGGUUGCGCUCGCUAGUUCCGUCCGUGGCUAGUAAAUCGCGUGUAUCUAAGAUCCAAGUUAUCGAAGAAGCUAUCAAAUACAUCGCGCAGCUUCAAGACGCGCUAAGAACGCAGCCCGAUAGCAGUAGCCGAGGCGAGAGCUCCAACUCCAAUACAGAGUCGGCAACGGUGGAAAAGCCUCGAUCAAGCGUUCGGGAGAAGCGUCAGCGAAUCGCCUCAUAUAUGAUUAAAAGGCAAAGACAUACGCCAAGAACUCGGCCGAAAUUCACAGCAUCUAUGACAAAUGAAAGAAAGGACACCAGUUCUUGAACACAUGCAUUAUUGCAUAUUAAAUGGCCACGAAAAUCUGCUGGAGCGACACUAGGACCGAACUCAAAUAAAUUCUGGCAGGAUAAUUGCAGGCGUACACGUGAGAUUGGUCUGCGUGGUGACGAGAAUGGUGGUUGGGUAAAAUGCCCAUGGCGCCCCGUGAUACGGGACGAACCACCGAGAACUCCAAGAAGAAAAGACUUUUGAGAAAAAAAAAACCACCCAAAACAGUACUUUGGACAACGACAGAAUGCAAUAGCCAAAAUCAAUUGUAAAUAGUCUGAUAAGUGCACAAUUAGACAGCAAUAGUUUUGAUUAUUUUUGAAAGAAUACCUAGGUGUUGUGAGGUAUCUUUAAAGCGCGCUCACAACAAUAAAAAACAAGUAUUGAAAAAAUACUUGGCUUUUCAAGGGGCCUGCGCUCCAAACAAAGAGAAUGCUCUUCUGAAGUAAGUCAACGCGCUAUUGUAUCAUCUAGGUGUCUUUUUUUAGAAUAUGAGAACUCUAAUAGAACAAUUGCGCGAAAUUCUAACCAAUAAAAACAUUAUUCACGAGUC